CAGCACCAGAAAAGGAAACACCAAAACAGAAAGAAAAACACUAUAUAGUUGAACUCUGCAUAUAUCUGUGGAAGCAUUUUCCAACACAAGAGAGAGGAAAAUGGUUGCCAGUGAUGAACUUUAUGGUGGAGAUCAUGAGCUUCCACUGGUCCAACCAGACCAUGAGGUAACUGAAGCUCAGAAGGAUAAGGCCAUAGAAGAGCUGAGAAGUGAAGUCAGUAAGCUGGAUGAGAGACUUAAACUUUCAGAGGAUCAUCUUAAACAAAAGAAUCUAGAAAUCAAGAACCUGACAGAAGAAAAGAAAGAUGCAUUGGCUGCACAAUAUGCUGCAGAAGCAGCUCUUAGUAGGGUACAUGCAGAUCAAAAGGAAGAUGAUUUUUUUCCAAUUGAGAGUGUCAUUGCUCCUCUAGAGGCUGAGGUUAAGAUGUAUAGGACUGAGAUUAUAUCAUUACAAGAAGAUAACAAAGCUUUAGAAAGACUUACAAAGUCAAAAGAGGCAGCACUGCUUGAAGCAGAAAGGAUUUUAAGAAGUGCAUUAGAGAGGGCUUUAAUAGUUGAGGAAGUUCAGAAUGAAAACAUAGACUUGAAGAGACAGAUAGAGAUCUGCCAGGAAGAGAACAAAAUUUUAGAGAAAACCCACCGCCAAAAGAUCGUGGAGGUUGAAAAACUUAGCCAAACUAUCCAUGAACUUGAAGAGCUCAUCUUAUCUAGGGGAGACAAUGCUAAUGCCAUUCGUGAUUAUCAGCGACAGAUUGCUGAAUUGCAAGAGGAGAAAAGGACACAGGAGAGAGAGCUAGCAAGGGUAAAGGUUUCAGCCAACAGAAUUGCAACUGUUUUGACUAAUGAGUGGAAGGAUGAAAAUAAAAAGGUCAUGCCUGUGAGACAAUGGCUAGAAGAGAGAAGGAUUAUGCAGGCAGAGGUGCAAAGAUUGAAAGAAAAGCUAGCUAUAUCAGAGAGAACAGCAAAGGCAGAAUCACAAUUGAAGGAUAAACUGAAGCUGAGGCUAAGAACACUGGAAGAAGGCUUAAAGCAAUUCUCAAGCUGCCCAAUAAAGUUGAAUACAUCUGGGUCUCCAAAAGCAGAAAAGUCUAACAUCCUAGGUUUCCAAACCACCAAUGGUGGAAUGAGAAAUAGAUCCACAUCACAUCCAAGGGCAUCUACUGUUGGAAGCCCUUUGUUCAAAAAGACAAAUAUAAAAAGUAACAUAGACAGUGUUGGUGGGAACCUAAAAAACAAAUAUGGUUUUUCAGAAAAUGUUUUAACAAAAGGUAUAAGGGCAUCAAGAAAUAGAGUUGCUGAUGGUGGUGAAAAUGAAAAUGGGAUGCUGGCGAACACCGGCAAGAAUUUAAAUGAUUGCAAUGAUGAAAGAGAAGCUGCAGAAAUCAAAACCAUUGUACAUGUUGAUGAAGACUCUAAAAGCAACAGCUGCAAUGAUUUAGGCAGCAAUGAUAUGGUCUCCGGUUUCCUAUAUGAUAGGCUUCAAAAAGAGGUCAUCAAUUUGAGGAUGUCUUGUGAAAUGAAAGACAGUAGUUUGCACACUAAAGAUGAAGAAAUUAAGAUGCUCGCGAAGAAAGUUGAUGCCUUGACAAAGUCUAUGGAAGUAGAGUGGAAGAAAAUGAAGAGAGAAGCAGCUGCUAAAGAGAAGGAGGCUGCAUCAACAAAAUCAGAUGAUACCCGGAAAAAUAGAAGCAUAAGUUCCUCUAAAAGAUUAUGCUGAUGAAAGAACGUUGAAGGUUUUUUAUGUAGAGAAAACUGAAGGCAAUUUAUUUAUCAAGGGUAUCUUGGCGAUUUUUCUCUGUAAAUACAAAAUAAAACUUUGUGAGUUAUCAUGUUGGAAACUUGAAAUAAAGUUCCAUGGGGUAACUGAGUCUGGGAUCUGACCCUGUAUAUAGAGAAGUAUUUUGUGUAUUCCUAUAUAUUUAUUGAAGUAUUUUGUGAGUGUUACAUACAAGACAAGUUUGUCAAAUACAUCAGCAGAGAAAUAGUAUUGACAAAUGCUACCAGUAGAGUCAUUUAAGCAACAGAAAUUGACGAA